AUGUGCGUCGACUACACUGACCUCAACAAGGCUUGCCCCAAGGACCCGUUUCCCCUACCGAGCAUUGUUGCGCUGGUCAACAACUCCUCGGGAUACGAAUACCUCUCUCUUAUGGAUGCCUAUUCAGGCUACAACCAGAUUCCCAUGCAUAGGGACGAUGAAGAGAAAACUGCCUUCAUCACCGACCGAGGCACCUACUGUUACACUAUGCUGCCCUUCGGCCUCAAGAACGCAGUGGCGACCUACCAACGAAUGAUGACCCGAAUCUUCGGGGACCUAAUGGGGAAAUCGGUCGAAGUCUACAUUGAUGAUAUUAUAGUCAAGACCCCAAAGGGAGGGGACCACGCAGCAGACCUCGCGGUCGUUUUCGAGCAGUUAAAAAAGCACAACAUGCGCCUCAACCCUGACAAGUGUACUUUUGGCGUCCGAAGCGGGAAAUUUCUGGGGUACAUGCUCACCAACCGCGGCAUUGAGUUGAAACCUGACAAAUGUCAGGCGAUCAUGAAUAUGAAGAGCCCGCGCACAGUCAAGGAAGUCCAACAGCUGGCUGGGCGCAUGGCCGCGAUCGGCCGCUUCUUGCCAAAAGCAGCUCUCCUGGCCCUGCCUCUUUACACUCUCCUGAAGAAGGGAGCGACUUUUGAGUGGUCGGCGGAGGCCGGCGCCGCUUUCACUCAGCUGAAGGAGACCCUGUCCUCUCCCCCUAUUCUGACUAGCCCAAAACCAGGGGAGACACUAUACCUAUACCUGGCCGUGCGGGAGAAAGCAGUUAGCUCUGUCCUAAUCAGAGAAGAGGAAGGAAGACAACUACCAGUCUAUUUUGUUAGCCGUUCAUUGAAGGGUGCCGAGCUCAGGUAUAAGAUGCUGGAAAAGGUGGCGCUGACCCUACUAACCACAGCGCGACGACUAAGGAGGUACUUUCAAGCUCAUCGCAUUGUGGUGUGGACCGAUCAGCCGGUCCGACAGGUCCUUCAUAAGCCUGAUCUAGCCGGUCGGAUGGUUAGCUGGUCCAUCGAGCUCUCCGAGCAUGACAUCCGCUACGAGCCCAGGAGAGCCAUUAAAGCACAAGUCCUAGCGUACUUCUUGGUCGAACUCACAGAUGAGGAAGAACCUCCUGCCGAGACCACCUGGGUGGUCAACGUAGAUGGCUCGAGCAACAAGGAAGGUGGCGGGGCUGGGAUCGUAUUGCAAAGUAAUACCGGGAUGGUGGUCGAACAAUCCCUCCGCUUUAACUUCCCAACUACAAACAACCAGGCCGAGUAUGAAGCCUGCAUUGCAGGGUUGGUCACAGCCCGAGACCUGGGGGCUAAGGAGAUACUUGUCUGCUGCGAUUCGCUUCUGGUCGUCUCUCAGGCAAACGGGGAGGCUCAAGCAAAAGAUCCCAUCCUGGAGCAGUACUUGGCCCAUUUGAAACGACUGGCCUCAACCUUCACCAAAGUGGAGUUUCGCCACGUCCCCAGAGCCCAGAAUGAUCGCGCGGAUACCCUGGCCAAACUGGCCAGCACUGGAAAGCCUGGCCUGAAUGGAACGGUCAUUCAAGGGACCUUAGCCCUCCCCUAUGUGGCUGACCCCGAUCGUUCGGCAGGGCAAGCUAUGAUGCCGAUCGGUACCGGAGAAGACUGGAGGACCCCGAUCAUCAAGUAUCUCAAAUCAGGUUGGCUGCCUGACGAGAAGGCUGAAGCCAAAAAGUUGAUGAGGUGCGCCUCCUGGUACACUAUCGUUAAUGAUGAUCUCAAGCGGGGAUUCUCAACCCCCCUUCUGAAGUGCCUGGCUAAAGACAGGGCAGCUUAUGUCUUAGCGGAAAUCCACGAGGGCAGCUGCGGCCAUCAUCCGGGCGGGCGUUCCCUAGCCCGAAAGGUACUCCGAGCCGGCUAUUAUUGGCCAACCCUAGAGAAAGAUGUCGCGGACCAUGUUAAGCAAUGCGACCCCUGCCAGAGGCACGCCGAUCUGCACAACGCUCCUCCGGCCCAUCUUUCCUCUCUAGUCAGUCCUUGGCCUUUCCACCAGUGGAGCAUGGAUUUAUUGGGCCCGUUCGACACGGCGCCUGGCCAACUCAGGUACUUGGUGGUAGCAGUGGAUUACUACACCAAGUGGAUCGAAGCCGAACCACUAGCAACGAUCACCACAGCUCGAGUGCAACGCUUCUUUUACAAGAACGUCAUCAGCAGGUUCGGAGUCCCUGGGGUCCUGGUCACAGACAAUGGAACCCAGUUUACCUCUAAAGGGUUUAGGGAUCUCUUGGACGGGCUGCAAAUCAAGCAGCGAUUAACUUCUGUCGAACACCCCCAGACAAACGGGCAGGCAGAGUCGGCCAACAGGGUCAUUCCCCGAGGCCUCCGGAAGAGAUUGGGGAGUGCCAGGGGCGACUGGGCCGAACAGCUCGAUCACGUCCUAUGGGCAUACCGCACCACCCCGCACUCGACUAUGGGGGAGAGCCCUUACCGCCUCACCUUUGGCACAGAAGCUGUGAUUCCGGCUGAAAUAGGAGAACCGAGCGCUCGAACAGCAGGUUUCGACCCCAACCAGAACGAUCAACUCAUAGGGGAAGACCUCGACCUCCUAGCUGAAAGGAGAGCAGUGGCCAACUGCAGAGAGCUAAUCGCAAAGCAGCAGGCAGCCAUUCGCUACAACAAGAAAACAGUUCUCCGCUCCUUUACCACAGGGGACUUGGUCCUCCGGAAGGCCAACAUCGGAGCACGGUCAAUCGAACGGGGAAAGCUAGCAGCCAACUGGGAAGGCCCUUACAGGGUUGUCGAAGCAACCGGCACGGGAGCAUACAAACUGGAAACCCUAGCAGGAAAGGAAAUCCCUCGUACAUGGAACGCAACCACCCUUAGAAAAUACUAUAGUUAA